CACCCGCUCGGAGAAUCCAUCCUGCGUCGUCCGCUCGGGAAAUCCCCACCGAAGACACGACCCCUGCAUCGCCCCACCUCUCUCCCUCCCCUCUCCGAACUCGCCGCCGUCGGUUCUCGAGUCCCAUGGCGGAAUCGUGACGCGAGAAGGACGUCGGCGAUGGAGAGGCUGUUCGCACAGAUCUUCGAGCGGAAGAACUGGAUCGUCGGCCAGGUCGAGCACCAGACCCGCCUCUUCGACCAACACCUCGCCUCCACCCUCCUCAUCGACGGCCUCGCCCCUCCUCCCUGGCUCCUCCCCUCGCCGCACCCGUCCUCGCUACCCGCAGAAUUUCAGAGAGAAGAGCUCAUUACAGAACUUUUGCAACCACAACCACAAUUUUCAGUUCCUUGUUCCAUUGGUCACCGUCCCAUUUAUGAUAAACCCACGCUUACAGCUGACACAAGAGGGUUUCCAGCUGAUUUAUGCGCAGAUUUUUGCACUUUGCAAGAAGUAGGUGAAGCAAGCAGUAAGUCGUCUUCGUUGCAUGAAAUUCCUAAAGAUGACACUACUUUUGUCCUAAAUGGUGUUUCUGAGGCGGAUCCUAACAUUAAGUCCCCUCAACAUCAAAUGGAUGUGAUAAUCUCAGAAGAUUAUUGUGAUCUAGAUCAGUCACUGGCAAGGGUCCAGAGAUCCAAGGCGAGGCAAAAGGCUCUUGAGCUCCGGAACAGUGCAAAGGCAUCUGGAAGUCGUUUGUCUAAAAAAGAUCCUAUCGUUGACCCUAGCAGAUCUGCUGCCUCUAGGGUUGCUCCUCCACUGUCUGAGAAUGUAUUUUCGGCAGAGCUGGUCAAGCCUUCUCACACCAGUUCUCAUAUCCAUUCAACAGAAGAAACACAGAUGGUCAACUUCAAGAGCAAGGAAAAGGGCAGCAAAACCAGCAGCAGUGGAGCCAUGAGAUCCUUGAUAUCGGGAAGCCGUUCAAAUGGAUUAUUGGAAAUGGAUGCUCCUUGCAGUGUCGAUCUUGAAGUUCAAAGGCAGAGUGAAGGGGAUAGAGGAGAUUCUUUGGGAAAGGAAAAGGAAAAGGAAAGCAACAGUCAGUGUAGGGGAAUAACAAGACCUCAUAAGUCAAUUGAAAAUUGUCAAAUGAAUGAGGCUUUGAAGUCCAAUAGUCCCUUCCCUGUUGGAAAGAACAGUGGCAUGGAUAAGUUAAUGCAACCAAUGAGCCAGGCUGACAACUCUAUGGAGUUGAAUGGAAGUGGCACCAUGCCUGGACUGGAAAUCAGAGAUUGCCAAAUCAAUGGACAUCAAACUACUGUUGGUUCCAGUGAAAUCACACAGUUGAGAUGUUCUUCCCAUCAACCUAAUUGUGAGGAACUUCCAGGAUUGGAGAUAUCUUCUGAUCCAGGUGAUGUGAAGAGGGCUGGCUCUUCAGGAAAACCAGCCCAAUCUCCUCAAGAUGAUGAUGGUGGUAAUGGCAUUGCAUUAGUAAAUGAAAACUUCUUGGUUUCAGGUUGUUCUGUCAACCAGUUGGGUUAUACUCAUUCUGACCAGCAUAUCAUAGGCAGUACCGAUAACCUGCCAAAAGCACAUGGUACUACAUCAAAAGUGCUUUCCAACUUGAGCGAUAAUAUUGAUCCAGAAAGAUGUACUAGAAAUGCUGCUCAAUCUUCAGCUGUGUUUGAAAAGCGACCUGAAGGAUCUUCUUUUGGCAUUCCAUCUAACAAUGAUCCUGCUGAUUUGGAAAACGUGCCAGAAGCAUUAGCCUCAAGCCUUUGCUUUGAUUCUAACAUUCUUUUAGAGCCCAAGCAACUUGACUUUGAUGAUCUCGGGGAGAACAGGAGCUGCCUGAAUAAUGUUCCUGGAGCUGUGUUAGAAGAAAGUGUCGAGGACACAGGGCUAUGUAAAGGGCUGGUCACCUCGUGCAAGCAGGAAAAGAGCUCUGAAGAACUUGGAUCUGCUGGACAUUUAUCGGGAAACCCCGUUGACAAGAUAGGUCAGACAAGCACAUCCCUUAGACAGGAUGAUGAGACAGUGGUGAGGGAAACAUGUGGAGAUGACAAAGAUGUCAUUCCUAAUUUUCUCCUACAAGGGAAGAUAUCCAAAAGCAGGAUGUCUUUCAUUGAUCAUUCAAUUGAUUUGUCUGCUGCCUGUAAAAGUUUUCCAUGUGUAUUAAAUGAUGGACAGUAUUCUUCAUUAUCCAGUCUGAAAUCAAACAGGGUAAUGAAUACUUCCUAUGGAAAGGAUACUAGAGAGUUUGAUGCAGCAGAAUCAACUGAAGUGGACCUUGCUCAUCAUAAAGUAGACCCCGAUUCUUGUGGUGGUCAAGUAAUGCCAACGGAACUAAUUAGUUCCGUGACUACUGGCACUCCUCAUUUUGUUCCACUUUUGGAGAAUGUAGCUUGUUUCAAAUCUUCCAACCAUCAAAGUGUGAAGAGCUUACUGGUACAGUUCAAAGGCAAUGGCUUUGCAAAUUCAUCACCUCAGUUUCAUAAAUCAACUGAGCUUUCACCUGCUUCAUUGAGCUUGCAGAAGGAUCCAUUGCACAGUACUUACGGAAAUUGUGGAAAAAGAAAGGCGAUAGAGGCAGAGGACGAUGAAAAGACUCAUAUUAGUUCUAAGAAACGGUCUGAAGUUGAUAGCAGCCUAAAUAAUCUGAUGCAGCAUAAUGCUAAGCAUGGUGUGACAGAAGCAUUUGAAACUCUGCAGAUGCAGCAAAUUCCAGAGGGUAUUACCUUGGAAGGGCAACAUGAAAAUACAGGUUCCCAUUUGGUGUGUGAAAACCAAGGACAACCUCACUCAAAUAUUUCUGGUCUAUCUGACAUUGCAUUUGUAGCAAGAAUUGAAGGCACCAUCAAUGAGGAAGGUCAAUGCCAGACUAAGGAUAUUUUCAAUCAGAUGGAUGAAGAACAUUUAGCUAGUUCUGAAAGACCUGAACAGAAUAGAGAAGCCCAUGACCACAGGAAAUAUGAGUUCCCUCACCACUCACCCGGUUACGAAUCCAUGGAACAAGUUGGAAAGGAUCAAAUAAUGCCUGUUUUUGAGGGAUUCAUCAUGCCAACUGAUGAUGAAAAGCCAAUCUCUGAUGAUGGAUUUAGCUUUGAGAAGCUGGAUGUUCAAGAUGGUAUUACUGAACAUGCCAGCGCGCAACAGCUGCUUUCCAAAUCUGCUUCUGUGCAUACACCGUUGUCACAUUUCUCCACUGCAUACAAGCUGCGUAAGGCACCGAACUUAUACAAGUCAGUUCCAAACGGCCUUCUUGAAUAUAUGGACGUGGGGAGCGCUUUCUAUAUGAAUGAGUGUAAUGGGGUGAACAGCUUCUCGCACACGGAAGUAGAGCAGGCUCCUUAUGGAAGGUCCCACUCUGAUUGCCUUCCUCUUUCAUAUGCCGAAUCUGCUGGAUGUCAGCAGAAAACCUACACAUCUCCCGUUGGGAAGUUGUGGGAUAUAAUUGCCUCCAAGUCUGGAAGUUCAAAGGAGAAAAGAAGCUUAAAUCCUGAGCUUCCCUGCAUUAGCGAAGAAAAUGAGAAUGUAGAUGAGGCAGCUGAUACAUCAAAAGAGGGCAUUGAUUUAGAUGUUAGAACAAGUGCGGCAAAUAGAAAACCACUUGCUGAUAUUACAGAAGAUCCUAAUUGCCCUGCUUCAGUUUCUGAUACAGAAAAUGAGAUGACAAGAUGUAGUAUAGAUUCCAUCAGAACAGAAAUUAGUUUUGCUGGAACUCAUAGAAAGGCUAAACAGAAGCCUGGGAAGCAGGAAAGCUGCAAGAGGCAUAGGGCAAAGGAUAGCACAACCAUGCCGAAAGGGCUGAGCGGAGUGAAGAGAGCCGUGGAAGUGCCUAAUAACAGGUUCAGUAAGCCGAAAAGCAGCCUCAGGAAAGGUCGCCCUGGCAUCUCAGAAAUGGACUCUAAAUGUGACAACAACAUUGUGUCUCAUAUGACUUCAUUCUUACCACUAGUUCAACAAAAACAAACAGUUGCACCUUUCACAGGGAAGAGGGACGUUAAAGUGAGAGCUCUUGGGGCUGCUGAAGCUGCAAAACGUCAAGCUGAAAAGAAAGAGAUUGAACGUAAAUUGAAGAAGGAGGCAUUGAAACUUGAACGGGCAAGACUUGAGAAGGAAAACAUGAGACAAUUGGAGCUUCAAAGGAAAAGGAAAGAAGAAGAGCAGAAGAAAAAAUUGGCUGAUAUUGCCUUGAAGAAAAGGCAGAGAGAAGAAGAAGAGAGGAAGGAGAAGGAAAGAAAAAGAAAACGUGUUGAAGGUGCUCGGAGGAAUCAAGAGAACCAAGAAGACAUGCCUACCAAAAAGGAGCAGCAAGGACAAAAAUAUCAUGCUGCAGAAAGGGGAGAAUCGGGAAAUAAACUCAGAAAGAAUGAAACGUUAGGGACAGAAAAAAGAGGUGCUUUUCCAGAGAAGAUAAUGGAGAGUGAAGCUGAACCUGACCAGGGCUUAGGCUCUAAACCCUGCACGACUGAAAGAAUUUGUGCAGAUGGAACAAAUAAGGCAAUAAGCAUUUUGCAAAAAGCAACAGAUAUUGAGGACAGCGUCAGCAAUGGCAAUCAAGAACAAUCAUAUGAGAUUUCGCCCUACAAAUGUUCGGACGACGAAGACGAAGACGAAGACGAAGACGAUACACCCAAUGACAAAUUUGUACCUUCUUGGGCGAGUAAAAGUCGCAUGGCGCAGGCACUUUCAUUACAGCAAAUAGUGGAUCCAGACGUAAUUUUCCCUCCAGAUAGUUUUUGUAGUAUAUCUGAAGUUGUCAUGCCUCGGGAAGUUUCAGCUAAAUUAGGGAGCAUGCGACUUGCCAGAUGACUCUGCAAUGGGAUCUAGUCGCACUUUGUACAUUUUCGUCGCGAGACAAAGG